AUGCUUGUGCACCUAAGUGUCGUUUUACUGUCGCAGUGGAACGUAAUUUUCCAGGCAACGAUCGGGUAUCAAUUGGCGGAGCGAUCAAGGGAUAAAAUAGCGUCGUGGACGCACGCAUUGGUACAAUCUACCCACUCUGGUCUUAGUAAUAUAGGGGAUCAAGAUGCCGGUAUUGUCGUAGUACAAAAAGACGAAAAUGACAUAGUUCAAAUUGUGUUCCAUGAUACCACCUUCCGAUGCCGAGUAGAAGACGUGGACUGGGAUAUACUACUCUGGCAAUCAACGGAGAUAACGGCAUGUCACGCCACGAAAACAUCGCCAGUCCCCCAAUUUCGUUUGCUACGCUAUCCAGUCGACUUGCCACGGCAAUUUUACGCGUCCUGGAAUGGACACUCUAGUCUCGAACAGGUCCGAAUUGCCAGUCAAGUAUACGGUUCCAAUCAAACGCUGUUACAAUUGCCUACGUUUCAGCAGCUGCUUGGUGAACAACUGGUCGCACCUUUUUUCCUCUUUCAAAUCUUUUGCGUUGUCCUGUGGUCGUUGGACGAGUAUUGGUACUACGCUAUAUUCACAUUGUUCGCGCUACUCAUGUUCGAAUCUACCGUCGCCUACAAUCGGCUCCAAUCCCUGCAACGACUGCAUCGAGCCGGCCACAAGGGCGAUCAGCGAAUUUGGGUACAACGGGGCAUCGCACCGACAACGGCAGCAACAGACAAAACCAAUUUGAGACUGCAAUGGAUGUACGUACCGACCAAAGAAUUGGUACCGGGCGAUAUGGUAUCGCUGAGUGUGGCUCAGGACGGGACACCUACCAACGUUCCGGCCGAUUUGUUGCUGGUUAAGGGCACUGCCGUUUGUGACGAGGCCUUGUUGACUGGAGAAUCCGUCCCUCAGCUCAAACAAGCAUUGGAUGUGAGUAAGGGCAAUUCAUCAAUGCGACUGGAUCUACAAGACAAUGCCUGCAAAGAAUCGAUUUUGUUCGGCGGUACCAAUUUGCUGGUCGGAUCAUCUUCGACCGAGGAAGCUCUAGAUGAAAAGGGUACGAUUACUCCAGAUAAAGGCGUCAAGUGCAUUGUUCUUCGGACUGGCUUUGAAACUGCCCAAGGUAGCCUGCUGCGGACGAUGGCGCAUUCUUCUAGAAGUGCCGAUGGUGUUCACACCUGGGAUACUUUUGUUUUUAUCUUGAUGCUCAUUAUAUGUGCCAUUGGCGCCGCGACGUGGGUGCUCAACGAGGGAUGGUACGACGAGCGUCGCAAUAGAUUUCGCCUUGUACUGCAUGUUGUAAUUAUCGUGACGUCAGUGGUUCCGCCCGAGCUGCCUAUGGAGUUGUCUCUUGCUGUUACUAACAGCGUAGCGGCUUUAAUACAACGCUCACAAGUCCAUUGUACGGAACUCUUUCGCAUUCCGUGGGCUGGUGAAGUCGACGUUUGCUGCUUCGACAAAACAGGGACGUUGACUAGCGAUGAGAUGCGUUUGCGAGGCGUUCGCCUUUUUGAAAGCAAUGGCAACACCACCAAGGAUGAGGAAACUGGAUUGGUGCAUCCGGAUGAUACUGACCUGCCGUGGCCAGUGACGCGAGUCAUGGCUGCUUGUCACUCUCUGGCACUGGCCGGAUUUCAACGAGGAAACAAGCUGCCACGUGUGGUUGGUGAUCCUCUGGAACAAGCUGUGCUGUCUCACACGGGAUAUCGUCUGGUAGGGAACAAUGUCAUUACGCAUGUUGAUCCUACGAGCUCACCAAUCAUUUGCAAAUCGAUGACGAUCCUCCACCGAUUCUCGUUCUCUUCAAAGCUCAAGCGUAUGACAGUUCUGGUCUCCGAAGAGGGAGGGGAAGGUGCUGUGUGGGCCCUCAGUAAGGGAGCACCGGAGACAAUCAAACAGCUCCUAUCGCCCGAUGCAAUUCCAUCCAACUACGACGAAGUUUCUUUCUACCAUAUGAGUAGAGGUCGACGUGUUCUGGCUAUGGCGUACCGAGAAGCCGGAACCAUUCACAAGUUGCAAGCAUUGAAGAACCUUGGUAGAGAUAGUGUCGAACGAAGACUUCUCUUUGCUGGAUUCUUGGUGCUCGAUUGUCCGCUAAAGCCGGAUUCGAAGUCGGUUGUGGCUGAGCUACAAGCAAGUGGGCACAAGGUCGUGAUGAUUACGGGUGACGCGAUUUUGACUGCCGGCGAAGUUGCUAGACAAGUGGGAAUUGUACCAGGAGAGUCCUCUAGAAAGGAACACUUAUACCGUAUAAGAGAACGAAAAGAAAAGCCUACGCGCUCGCCCGAUGUACUCACAGCUUUUGAAUGUGUAGCCCUAAGAGAGAAGGAUGGCGAUUUCCAUCCAAUUAUUUUGUCGAAGGAAAAGACUAGAACUUUUGCCGAAAAAACACAAGCCGUAUUGAAGGAUCUAGUGCCGUUGAUUUCUGUGUUUGCCCGACACGCGCCGCACCAAAAGGAAGCCGUUGUUGCGGCUUUCAAUCACGGUGGCUACCACACACUCAUGUGCGGGGACGGGACGAACGAUGUUGGUGCUCUGAAACGCGCUCACGUGGGCAUUUCCAUCAUCAGUGCGCCUGAAGUGGAGGCCAAGCAGCGUAAGGCGGCUAAAAAAAUGUCCAAACUGAAAAAGAGUGCAAAAAGGAACGGUACUGCAACUCGAGCACGUCCGACAAACAAUGCCUGGGAGGAAUCGUUGCAUCAAUUGCAGGAAGCCCAAGAGGAACUCGACAACGUCGAGCUUGGUGAUGCGUCAGUUGCAGCACCCUUUACUUCCCGUGCCGUAAGUAUAAAGUGCUGCAAGGAUGUCAUUCAACAAGGGCGUUGUACUUUGGUGACCAUGCUACAGAUUUACAAAAUUCUGGGUGUGAAUUGCUUGGUGAACGCCAUGGUACUGAGCAAGCUGUUCCUACACGGCGUCAAACAAGGCGAUCGGCAGUUGACAGUCCUGGGGUUGGGCGUGGCGGCACUCUUUUUCUUCGUUACGCGCGCCGAGCCGCUACCAACGCUGUCCCACACCCGCCCUCCCGUGUCGGUCUUGUCCAGGCAAGCACUCUUGUCAAUUGGGUUGCAGUUUGCCGUACACAUUGUCGCAAUCCUGUUGGCCACGGAAACGUCGUUACGAUUGGUGGAUCCGUACGAUCCUUCGCUCGUCCCCGAUGGUCCAUUCAACCCUAACGUACUCAAUACGUGCACCUUUCUAUUGACGUGCGUGUCAACAAUCAACACAUUCGCCGUCAACUACCGUGGUCGUCCGUUUAUGCAAGAUUUGCGGGAGAACCGAAUGUUGUACCGUUCGCUGCAGCUUAGUUACUUGAUACUAGCUUUGAGCGUAUGGGAAGUGUUUCCACCCUUGAAUGAUUUAUUGCAGUUGACGGCGUUACCCAACGUGACUGAAUUGUUAACCCUGCAGGAGGGUGGCAGCAAUAGUGUCGGGGUGCCGUUGCCGUGGAUGCCACUGAUCCAAACGGUAGGAUUUCCGGCAUUCCUUAGUGGUCUCAUGGUCGUUGAUACGGUACUAGCCUUUCAAGUGGAAUCCAUGGUACUCCGCUACGUUCCGGAUUAA